AUGCAGGCAGUACAGAAACGUCGAAGCGAUCAGUUGAGCGUGCAGGGGUGGGCAGCAGCUUGCGCCCCACCACCAGCAGGCGCAGAGGGGGCCUUUCCUCUGCCUUCCCUUCCUCUGCCCCCCUAUUGUCUCCCAUACCGCUCGCCACACCCUUUUCUUCCUCCUGCUGCUGUUGCUGCUGCUCCUUCUUUUCCUCGUCCUCUUGCUUGCUCUGCUUACCCCUCUCCCCUUCCCCCUCCCCCUCCACUUUUUCCUCCACCGCCUCUUGCUUCACCUGCUUCCUCCUCAGCCCCUCCCGUCCUGCCUCCCCCUUCUCAUCCCCCUCCCGUCCUGCCUCCCCCUUCUCAUCCCCCUCCCGUCCUGCCUCCCCCUUCUCAUCCCCCUCCCGUCCUGCCUCCCCCUUCUCAUCCCCCUCCCGUCCUGCCUCCCCCUUCUCAUCCCCCUCCCGUCCUGCCUUCCCCCUUCUCAUCCCCCUCCCGUCCUGCCUCCCCCUUCUCAUCCCCCUCCCGUCCUGCCUCCCCCUUCUCAUCCCCCUCCCGUCCUGCCUCCCCCUUCUCAUCCCCCUCCCGUCCUGCCUCCCCCUUCUCAUCCCCCUCCCGUCCUGCCUUCCCCCUUCUCAUCCCCCUCCCGUCCUGCCUCCCCCUUCUCAUCCCCCUCCCGUCCUGCCUCCCCCUUCUCAUCCCCCUCACCCUCUCCUCUCGCCCUCUUCCUCCCAUCUCCAUCUCCCCCCUCCUCCCUCUUGACACCUUCCGCGUCACCAUCACCCCUUUCCCUCACUCCGCUCUCCCCCGCCACCUCCCUGUCGGCUGCAUCCCCUCCCUCCGCCUUCACCCCUCGAGCCUGCCCCGGCUGCUCUUCCUCCGCCUUCCGCGCUUCCCCUCUGACCUUUCCCUCCGCCUCCUCCGCCUUUCCCCCGCCAUACGCGCGCUCGCCGCUGUCCAGCGGGCGGAGCAACAUGUAGAAGCGCUGCACUUCAUCCACGCUAUGCGCCUCCUCGCGAUUCACUUUAGGGCGGUAAAAGAAGAAAAUAUCGCCUCGUUCCUGAUGAAUUCCCAUCCAUCCAAGCACGAGACAAAAAGUGCCGAGUCGGUUUUGAAGCCGAGGAUGUCGGGAACGCUGAUUGGUCAGGAGCUGGAGCCUUCUCUGCUCGUAGACGUGGAGCUGCACUCGCCGCGUGAUCCGGAUCUUCAUGCGAGUCAGCAUGCGCAUCAGCAGCAGCUGGGCGGGAAAAUGGAGUACAAUUACCUCCAGGCACGUUUCGCGGAACCGAGCCUUUAUCGGGUGAAGGUGUACCGCCUGAACGACGACGGCAAGUGGGACGACAAGGGCACGGGCCACGUGUCCGUCGAGUAUCUCGAGCGGUCGGACGCGAUAGGGCUGGUGGUGAUCGACGAGGAGGACAACGCCACGCUGCUCGUGCACCGCAUCUCCACCGACGACAUCUACCAGCGCCAGGAAGACACCAUCAUCUCGUGGACGGACCCCGAGGUGGCGACGGACCUGGCGCUCAGCUUCCAGGAGAGCAUGGGCUGUGCUUAUAUCUGGGAUCAAAUCUGCAACGUGCAGCGCCAGAUCCAGCUGCCCUCCGUCCUCGCAACGGAGGUGGCAAAAGACUCAUCGGAGCUGCCAGCAGUGGAGACCCGCACACUGCCAGCCAUCGCUAAGCUGGUGACGGACGUGUCCCCCUUCCACCGGGACCGAAUGGCGUCCCUCAUCCUCCGCGAGGUGAUCCGCUCGCUCCCCGCCCUCCUUCCGCCACGCCUCUCUUCUCCCUUUCUGCACCCAUCCCCUCCUUUCUCUUCGAUUGCUUCUCUGCUCUUCUUUUUUCACUCUCCUAACACUUACCCUCACCCUGUUCCGCUAUCCUCGCCCUUCCCCUCUUCCCAACCAACACCACUCACUCCUCUCCUCUACCCUCCCUCCUUUCCCGCCCCUCAACCCUCACCACCCCAUUUUAUCCCACAGGGCUACGUGCAGCGGCUGGUGGCGCUGUUCAGGGCGAGUGAGGGCGCCCAUGACACCCCCGCGCUGCACCACCUCUACCGCGUCUUUAAAGGCCUCGUGCUGUUGAACGACUCACAGCUGUUGGAGCAGCUGUUUGCACCGGAUGCCAUCAUGGACGUCAUUGGCGCACUCGAGUACGACCCGGACGUGGCGAGCAGGCAGCAGCACCGUGCGAGUGUGCAGCAGCAGGCGGUGUACCGCGAGGCGCUGCCCAUCCCCAGCACCGCCCUGCUCGCCAAGAUCCACCAGACGUACCGCCUCGGGUACAUCAAGUCAACGCGGUCAACUCUGCCCAUCCCCAGUGCCGCCCUGCUUGCCAAGAUCCACCAGACGUACCGCCUGGGGUACAUCAAGGAUGUGAUUCUACCGAGGGCCCUGGACGACCAGACGUUCAGCAGCAUCAACUCGCUCAUUCUCUUCAACAACGUCGAGGUGGUGACGACGCUGCACGGCAACAAGCCCUUUCUGGGCGACCUCUUUGCGCGCCUGCGCGCCUCUGACCCCCACUCGCCCCAAUUCACCGACCUCGUGCGGUUUCUGCAGGAGUUCUGCGCGCUGCACAAGCACCUGCAGCUCGCCCAGCGCACCUCCUUCUUCAGUGCGCUGAUAGCGCUGGGCCUCUUUGACGUGUGUACGCUCGUCAUGCAGCACCCUCUGCACUCUGUUCGCCUCUCUGGAAUCGACAUACUCAUGUCGCUCAUGGUGCCAGACCCCGCCCCGCUACGCACGUUCCUCGUGGAGCAACCCAACCACGCCCUCCUCUCCUGCCUCGUGCGCGGCAUGGUGGCGUGCAGGCAGGCGGAAGGAGGCCUGCACGCACAGCUGCUGGAGAUGCUGAGAGUGCUGCUGGACCCUGAUACCAUGGACGCGGCCGACAAGAGCAAGUUUCUUGAUCUCUUCUACGAGGACUACCUUCAGCUGCUCAUCUCAGCCGUUGUUGCCGGCACCAGCGCAUCUCAGCCGUCCACGUUCCCAGCUGCUGCCCGAAAUUCCACCGGGGCUAUGAAGAAGAGGCGGGCAGCUCAGGGGAGGGCAGAUGGUGGGGGGAGCGGGAGAGUAGACAGAGAAGCGGGGAGGGGAGCAGGAGGCAGGGGUGAUAAUGCAGAACCUGCAGAGAGGGAUGGAACACAAGGACGCCAAGCAGAGAGGGAUGGAGCACAAGGACGCCAAGCAGAGAGGGAUGGAGCACAAGGACGCCAAGCAGAGAGGGAUGGAGCACAAGGACGCCAAGCAGAGAGGGAUGGAGCACAAGGACGCCAAGCAGAGAGGGAUGGAGCACAAGGACGCCAAGCAGAGAGGGAUGGAGCACAAGGACGCCAAGCAGAGAGGGAUGGAGCACAAGGACGCCAAGCAGAGAGGGAUGGAGCACAAGGACGCCAAGCAGAGAGAGGGGGGGCGAGGGGGGGUGGAGAGCAGGGGGGUGCAGAGGGCGAGGAGAGGCGGGGGCAAGAGCGGGGUGGUGGAGGGGGUUCCGAGGAGGCGCCAUCACCGGACGUGCUGACAAGCAUCUGUGACCUGCUCUGCUUCUGCGUGCAACACCACAGCUUCCGCAUGAAGUACUACGUGUUGCGCAACAGUGUGGCGGAGAAGGUGCUGCGGCUGACGCAGCGGCGGGAGAAGUACCUCUCUGUGGCCGCCAUCCGCUUCCUGCGCUGCUGUGUCGCGCUCAAGGACGACUUCUACGUGUGCUAUCUGGUGAGGAACCGCCUGCUGGACCCGGACGACUUCUACGUGCGCUAUCUGGUGAAGAACCGUCUGCUGGACCCGGUAAUGGCGGCCUUCCGCGUCAACGGGGCGCGCUACAACCUCCUCAACUCCGCCGUGCUUGAACUCAUUGACUUCGUGCGCAAGGAGAACGUGAGGCCGCUGGUGGCGUACAUAGUGGAGUCGUACGGCUCGUGGCUUGACUGCAUUGACUACGUUGACUCCUUCAAGCUGCUCCGACUCAAAUACGAACAGAAUCUCGAGUCCAACAGACCAGCUGUGCCUCCCCCUGUCGUCAUUCUCCCCCCUUCCACCUCCCACCACCACCACCACCACCAUCAUCACCACCCGCACCAGCACCACCAUCAGCAGCAGCAGCAGCAUCCGCUCUCCUCUCCCCCCGCAUCUCCUCCCCUUCCCACUGCUGCAACUGCAGGCAUGGAAAGACAUGACAAUGACGCUGCGAAUGACGCCGCCACCGAUACACGUGCGCGGGCCAAUGUUGAUGCUCAUGCUGCUCCUUAUAGUGAUGCGGAUGAUGCUACUGAUGCCGCUGAUGCUGAAACCAGAGAUGCUGCUGGUCACGUUGAUAAUACUAACAAUGAUGCUGCUGAUGGUGGUGAUGAUGAUGGUGAGGAGGAGGAGGAAGAGGAGGAUGAGGAUGAGGAUGAGGAGGAGGAGGAUGUGGAAGCUGAAGGCGAGGGUGGUAGCAAUGACGAAACUAACGAUGCCGACGCUAAUGGCGGUGAAACCAAGGACGCUGAUGCUAACAGUAGGAACGUUCAGAGGCUUCCGAACCUCUCUGGUUCAGCAGCAGGCUCGGCACUGGGUGUUGUGCCGGUGGGAACUUGCCUUGCUGCCGUGCAUCCUCUUUCCCUGUGCUCUUUCUUCACCAUCGCAAUCACUCUUCCUUUGUCUGACCGUCACCCACAUGCCUCUCCGCCGUUUCUCCCUUCUGCUGCCAACCCCACCGCCACCAGUGAUGAGGAUGCUGACAACCCCGAGUCUGCACCAGCAACGGUGCCAGGAACCCACUCCCCCCCUCUCCACCCGCCCCACCCAUCCCACCUUCCCAUUCCCCUGCCCUCCCUCCACCACCCCCUUCGCCUCCACCCCCACCGGCUGCCCCCACACCAAUCCCUCUCCCCCACCGCCCGCCGGCCCUUCUCUCGUUCACCCUCUCCCCCUCUCGGACGGCCGUCGUCUCCGCCCGCCCGCCCGUUGUCCCCAUCUGCCCGGCACUGCAUGUCACGAUCGCCCUCGCCGCCCCCACCACUGCCCCCACUGCCGCCCAUCAACGGCACCAUUGGCAGCGAGUCCAGCAGGAAACGGCCGCGUGGGUGCAUGGACUCCUGUGCACCACAGGCAGAAGCCGGUGCGGAUGGGAGGGGGGAGAGUGGCCGUGAGCAGGGAGGGGAAAGCAGCGGAGUGGCAGCAGAGGGAGGGGAGCCGGGGCCUAGCAGCAAGGCACUUGGUAGAAAACGCAGGUCUAUCGAGGGGAGGGGCGUGGAUGAGGGCGAGGAAGCAGGAGGGGGUACAAGGAAGGAGAGGAGGCAGUUGAGUGUGGUGGUGGGGGAAGGGGACGGGGAGGGCGCUGGGGAGGACCAAGGGGAUUAUGGGGAUGGCAGUCCCAAGGGGGCUAGUCCCAAGGGUGACAGUCCCAAGAGCGGCAGUCCCAAGGCCGGCAGUCCCAAGGCCGGCAGCCCUAAGGCCGGCAGUCCCAAGGGGGCUAUUCCCAAGGGUGGCAGUCCCAAGGGCGGCAGUCCCAAGGGUGGCAGUCCCAAGGGUGACGGGAGGGUGGGAGGUGUGCGAAGCUUUGGGGAUGCAAGCAAGAAAGCACUGUGCAUGAGGAAACGGUUCCUGCAGGUGCGCACUCAGGAUAACACCACUGCGGUGCCUCUGGGGGAGGUGGCUCCUGGGGGAGGGCCGCCCAAGGGAAGCGGAGGGGCGCAGGGAAGGGAGGAGCCGACUCUUGGUGUGUGCUCCCCUCGCCCUGUGCUCUGUGACCCGUGGCGGAGCGCGAGGGGGAAGGGGCGAGAGCGGGCAGGGAGUGCGGAGGGAGGAGAGGGCGAUGGUGCUGAUGGUGGUGGUGAUGAUGGUGAGUGGGCUGUGAGACUGGCUAUGGCUGAGGAGGAGGAGGAGAGGAGGCAGGCAGACGGGGCUGAUGGGGAUGGCAACAAGGGUGGAGGGAGUGAGGGAGCGAGGGGAGGUGGAGGUGUGGAGGGCGAGUGUGCAGGCAGUGAGGUAGCAUGUGGGGAUAGCGAUGUGGGGGGAAAGGGUGGUAGAGAUGCAGAGGAAGGAGGGGAUGACAUGGAUGGGGCUGGAAAGGGGGAGUUAGAGGGCCAGGAGGAGGAGAAAGCACAUGGGGAGAAUGCAGGCAGUGGUGCAAUGAGCCUUGGAGAUGAGGCAGGAGGGGCAGAUGCACGGACAGCAGCAGCGGGAGGUGCACAAGGUGCAGCAAGGUCGGUGUUUGAGGCAUUGAGGUAG